UCAGCUUUAUCCGAGCCUUUGAGCCUCGAGAUGCACCAUGUCAUCUCCAGCGCCUCGACCGAAAUACUCCGAGAAGCCUCCGCAGGACAGAUGGGGGGAUGAACACGUCUGGACCAAAUCACUGGACAGAGUCAUGUGCUAUGCGGUGGUCAGCGUCACAUCGGUGGACGCCAAGUUGGGAGGCUUCCAAGUGCGGAUGGUGUGUCGCUGGGCCUUCCGUACCAGCAACGCCUAUAAAGAGACUGAGAUCAGUUACCGUGGAGUCCCUGGGCUUCGCAUUCCUGGCUUGCAGGUCACAGCACAAGAGAGCCGGAUCUGGAAAGAUCUGACCAAAACCACCGAUGCCACGAUUACUUGGAACGGAACCUCCAUUUUUCUUUUGGAUGGCUACAAGCCAUAUCAUUUGCAGGAUUUCCCCUUUGAUCGUCACAUCAUCAGCUUGAAGCAUUGCGACUUCGUUUGGCGGACAGAGAAAGAUGAUGACGACUUUUUCGAUUCAAUGCAAAUCGUUUGGUUGACCGUUGAGUCCAAAUCAAUUUUACCGGAGUGGAUUGCUGGGGAGUCCGACCUUAUGGCCAUCGCCCCCGUGCGGGAGAUGUUGGGUGCUGAAGUCUGUAGCAAGUUUUGGAUUGAUCUGCGGAUUGAGAGGGCCCACAAAUUCUAUGUGCGGCAAAUCUUCUUUGUGACUUACUUGAUCACAAUCGCAUCAUGCACACCGCUCUUCAUGCCUUUGGAAGACAUGGGCGAUCGGUUGAGCGUCUACGGUGGCGGUUUGUUGACCUUGGUGGCGUUCAAAUAUGGCGUCAUGGAUCAUCUUCCAAGUGUUCCAUAUCCCACCUUCACCGACAACUUCUUGAUGUGGCAGAUCGUGACCAUCGUCUUCUCGACCUUUGCAUCUUUGAUUCUGUGGCGAUUGCAUUCGCAAGUCAAGAACCCGGAUGUCAUUGAUUGGAUUGAGAACGGAAUAUUCUUUGCUGUGGUGCUGGGCUGGUCAAUUAUGUUUGGAAUUGUUGCAUGCUGUAAGCCGUCUCGCCGAAAAACCUGGGAGAGUGUGAAGAAGCAAGUGGACAAAGACGAUCCUUCUCAGCCGGUGGAACAGUUGCCCGUUGGAUUCUCCCACGGUGACAUCAUCGGCAACCGCACGGAAGACGCCAAGCUGCUUCCAAUCUCCGAGAGAUCUGAAUCACCAGGGCAUUUCUGAGCUGGACAAUGCGGAAGAUGGCACCAUGAGUAUUCAAUAGAGACACAAAAUCAUUUUGAUCUUGUCCUUUUUGUCCUUGUUGUC